CAUGCCUCUGGCCCUGGCCCUCCUGCUGCUGCUGGGCCUGAGCGGCCCCGGAGGCCGGGGCUGCCUGCAGUGUGACCACUCGGUGCAGGAGGCCCUGAGCCAGCUGCGCUUGGCCCUCGUCCCCAAACGCUUCCAUCAGGAGCGGCUGCAGGCCCGCGCCCGGGCCCUGCUGCUGGGCAUGGAGGGGCCUUUCUUCCGGGACUACGCUCUGAACGCGUUUGUGGGGAAAGUGGGGAUAGAUCACCUGGAACACGUGGCGUCCUUUAUCAAGAACCAAACGAGCCACUUAAUGGUUAAUCCUCUAAAAGAUGGGCCUCUGCUGGAAGAACUCGUAGCUCUCAGGGGGAGAGUAAUCAAGGAACUCAAGAAAGUCUUACAAUUGUACGAAGCAAAAGCCUGCAGCCGCAAAAUUUGCCGCUUGCUAAAAGAGGAAGUCUUGGACUGUUUACAUUGCGAGAAGAUCAGUCCCAGCUGUAUCCAAAAAAAGUACUGUUUUGCCCUGUGGACUGAGACCUGGUCCUUUCUCCUGGAGGCACAUGCCCAGGACCCAGCAGUGGCCACCGGGACCCUGAUGGCUGAGGACCAGGAAUCAGUGACCUUCAAGGAUGUGGCUGUGGACUUCACCCUGGAGGAGUGGGGCUGGCUGGGUCCUGGCCAGAGGGAGCUGUAUCGGGACGUGAUGUUGGAGAACUACCAGAACCUUCUCUCACUGGGGGCAGGGCCUCCAGGGUUCAAACCCGACGUGAUCUCCCGUCUGGAGCGAGGGGAGGAACCCAGGAUGGAGAAGAGAGAAGGCUGGCAAAUGGCCUGUCCAGACUUGGAGACGAGGUCUGCACCGACUCAGGAGACGCUUGUAAAAAAGAGCAUUUCUGCAGAGGCCGCUUCCCCGGUGGGAAAGACGGGGGGCGGUUUAAGGGCAGCGCUGGGAGAUGCCAGACUGGGGGGAUCCCGGGCGUGUGACCUCCGGUCGGAGGACCGGGGAAGGCAGGAGAGGCAUUUGAGGUGCUUGUCGGCUACUCCCAAGGAAGCCGUCUGUGGGGAGAGAGGCCUCGGCGGUCACGAGCUUGGCCGAAGCCUCAGGCGGGCCUCCGCCCGCGUCCGGAAGCAAAGAGGGCCAGGCGGGGAGAGAGCCCGGCAGAGGGACGGGCCGAGAAAGAGCCUGCAACGCCAAAGGACGUUGGUAGAGAGGAAGCCGUUCGGCUGCGCGGAAUGCGGGAAGGCCUUCGUUUACCACUCAGACUACCUCCUGCACCAGAGAAUUCACACCGGAGAGAAACCCUACAAGUGUGAUGAUUGCGGGAAGGCCUUCGGCAACAGCUCCUAUUUCAUCCAGCACCACGUCGUUCACACGGGAGAGAAGCCGUACGCGUGCGGCGAAUGCGGCAAGACCUUCACCCAGAGCUCCUCGCUUACCGAGCACCAGAGGAUCCACACGGGCGAGAGGCCCUACCGAUGCAAGGAGUGCGGGAAGGCCUUCACCCAGAGCUCUUCCCUCAUCAAACACCAGCGCUGCCACACGGGGGAGAAGCCCUACAGAUGCAACCAGUGCGAGAAGCUCUACUCGCAGGUGUCCCACCUCACCCGCCACCAGAAAACCCACACGGGGGAGAAGCCCCACAGAUGCGGCGAGUGUGGCAAGGCCUUCUGUCACACUUCCUCCUUGACCCAGCACCAGACCAUCCACACCGGGGAGAAGCCCUACAAAUGUAACGAGUGCGGGAAAACCUUCGGCCACAGCUCGUCCCUGUCCCAGCAUCAGCGCGUCCACACCGGCGAGAAGCCCUAUGAGUGUCACGCGUGUGGCAAAGCCUUCGGCCACAGCUCCUCCCUGACUCAGCAUCAGAGAAUUCACACCGGCGAGAAGCCCUAUGAGUGUCACGAGUGUGGGAAGGCGUACACGCAGAUUUCGCACCUCACGAGGCACCAGAGCAUUCACGCGGGAGAAAAACCCUACGUGUGCGACGAGUGCGGGAAGGCUUUCGGUCACACCUCGUCCUUCACCCAGCACCGGACGAUUCACACCGGGGAGAAGCCCUACAAAUGUAACGACUGUGGGAAAACCUUCAGCCAGAACUCGUCGCUGACACGCCACCAGAGGAUUCACACCGGGGAGAAGCCGUACGAGUGCCAGGCGUGCGGGAAGGCCUACACCCAGAUUUCCCACCUCAUCCAACACCAGAGGAUUCACACCGGAGAGAAACCGUACGAGUGCGGGGCGUGCGGCAAAGCCUUCAGCCGCGGCACCCACCUUAUCGAGCAUCAGAAAAUCCACACGGGUGAGAAGCCCUAUAAGUGUGGAGAGUGUGGGAAAACGUUCGGUCACCACUCAUCCCUCGCUCAGCACCAGAGGAUUCACACUGGCGAGAAACCCUACGCCUGUAAGGAAUGCGGCAAAGCCUUCAACCAGAGCAUCCACCUCAUUCAGCACCAGAGGAUUCACACCGGGGAGAAGCCCUACGAGUGUAACAACUGUGGGAAAACCUAUACCCAGGUUUCACACCUGAUUCAACACCAGAAGGUUCACACGGGUGGCAGUCGCCACGUGCGUAAGGCCCGCGGGGAGGACUUCAGCCGGAGUCCACGCCUGACUGGACACCGGAGACUCCACACCGUGCGCGACGCCUCCGUCUGCGAUGGUUUGGAGACAGCCUUGGCUUGGGGCACACAGCUUGCCGAUUGUCAGAGAGUGCCUGCUGGCCAGAGAGCCUGAGAAAGGAGCCGACUGGUGGUCCCGCUGCUGGGUUCGGUUUGGCCUCCAUCAUCGGGAACCUCCUCCCUCCCAGAGAGGGACCCUAACACCAUGUAUUGUGAGAGUUGGUUUCUCUGUUUCCUACAGAAAGAUGACACAGGGUGUCACCAGCUGGGACAGCUUCUGAUCGUUUUUGGCGCUCCCCCCUAAAAUCACAGCCUCUCUCCCGUUUCUCAGCCUUACAGUGUCCCCAAAGGGUGGUGUAAUGGAAUGUAACUUCAUCUGAUAGCUUUUUUUUAAUGUCUACCUUUUUGAGAGAGAGCGAGAGAGAGAGAGCGUGAGCAGGGACGGGGCAGAGAGAGAGGGAGACACAGAAUCCGAAGCAGGCUCCAGGCUCUGAGCUGUCAGCACAGAGCCCCACGUGGGGCUCGAACUCACGACGAGAUCACGACCUGAGCUGAAGUUGGACACUUAACCAACUGAGCCGCCUAGGUGUCCCUUCAUCUGAUAUCUUUAAUAAGGUCUCUUUGAAUUUUUCAAAUUUACUGAUCAUUCAUGAAAUCGGAGCCUGAAAAUGCAAGGAAAAAAAAAAAAACACAGCUGGAAAGAUAAACCCUUUCGAGUACAAGCUACGUAGCCAGCUGAACGUAAACACUAGAUGAUUUUAGUUUCCUUUGAAACUUUAAGCUACAAAUUUCAUGGCAAAAUCCGCAGUUGGCUUAAAUACUGAAUACGUUUCACAUAUUUACAGCCAUUUUUAUUUUUCUCUGAUGUUUCUUUUUGAGAGAGAGAGAGAGUACCCGUGCGUGAGCAGGGGAGGGGCAGAGAGAGGAGACACAGAGUCCGAAGCAGGCUCCAGGCUCCAAGCUGUC